GAGGAGUGUCGCGACUGUUGUGCUAGACUGUACGACAACCAAGUACAAAAGUGUAUCACUGCCACAACCGGCUACAAUGUCCCAUAAAGUACUCAUUAAUAUCUUUGGACUUAGUCAGUGCAAGAACUUUGGUAGCAUAGGGGAAUGAUCGAACAUUUGUUUGUUAUGACAGCUAGAUAGGUUAGUUACGUGUUUGAUAUAUUUUUGUUUUUGUUGUCAUCGUCACUCACAAUGUCACAAGAUCUUAGCAGCAGGAAACGUGGUCGAAAUAACUGUGAAGAGGAAUGCUGUGAUUUUAUGCCAUUAUCUAAAAGAAUUAACAACUUGCACAUCAAUGGGACUAUUUACAGCACUUGCGAACAACAUUCUGAACAUGCCAUUUUUAAGCAGGAUGGAACAGUGGAAGAGUGGAAUGGUUUGCAAAGUAUGAAAGAUGAACGGCUGCAGUCAACACGUUCACUGGGUCCCACAUGUGCCACAGACAAGAAUAGUGGCACUAAUUUUCACAGUGUUGAUGGCAACUUCAUAGAAAACAAUUGCGCCACAAGCCAGGAAUACCCAUGGAUGUCAGAGCACGUACUCAGCCAGUAUGCACCAUCUCUCACCGCUACUGAUAAUCCGUACUAUUAUGAAAACAAUAAACUAUUGUUUGCUCUGUACAUGGAACGGUUACAGAGAGGUGGAAUCCCUCUUUAUUAAUGCUAGUGUUCACAAACUUGAUGUUGCUGCAGCAGGAACAAAUUUUGUAGUUCUUAAAUAGUUUUCACGUGAAUAUGUAAGUAACAAUUUUUUCAGCUUCUGUCUCUUACUGGAGAAUACAUUUAAGCACCCACUGACAAAUUUGACCUUAUGCAUUUUUAUUAAAUUAUAACAUAGAGCAAAGUUUUAACUAAGAAUCUCGCAAAAAUACAGAAAUAUUUAGAAGACCCUUAGAAAAUAUUGGUGUAUUCAUUAUCCCUCUAACUUGUUUAAUACUGCCAAACGGUAUGAAGAAAUGAGAUGUUGUGUCAUUCACAAUGUAUAAUAUAUGUAUUAAUGUGUGUUUGUGCACUAGUUUUUGAAAAGUCUAUUGUUAAUGUCGUGUCUUUGUCCAAACCAAUGUUAGCCCAUCAUGUAAAAUACGGAGAGCACAAUGUCAUUUUCAAAUAAAGUCUAGUCAUAUUUUUUGUGUGAAACACAUGCAGCA